GCUCCAGCUCAAACUGGUAGAUUGCACUUCCUUGACUUCUUGGUGCGAUGCCAGUGCGGCGGCCUUUGACAGCUUCCGCUGCGGCAGCGCUGUUGUGCCUGGCGCGACACAGUCGCGUUUUUACAAGCCCAAGCUUGGCCUUGAGACCACCAGCUUUGCCCAGACUGCGGAGGACUACAACUUGGUCCAGCGGUGGCCGAGAGAUAGAUGAUGUUCUGCGCUCGGUGUCAGGGAAGGCUGUUGCCGAGCAGAAGGCAUCUUCCAAGGCACCUGGAGCUGUCACCCCAGAGGACGCGGUGCAGAGGCUUUUAGAUGUUGCUGGUCCUGGUGCAGGAUCACCACCACCAGAGGUGGUGGGGGCUGCGCUCAAGGCGAUGAGCAUUGAUCCAACAUCCGGCAACGUUCGUCGCGCCUUGCAGACAGCCCUUGGAGGGGCUGCUCCUACUGCUGCCCAAGUGGCGGUGGCACUUCAAGCAGCAACGGACGGCAUGCCUGACUUGUCCCAAGCAGAUGUUGCAGGAGGACCUGAUGCGGCGGCGGCUUCCAUUCCAAAGCCUAGUACGCCAGAAGAGGUCAUCAGCAUCUUGGUGCAGACUGCCGGCCCCUCUGCCGGGCGACCUCCAGCAGACGUGGUGGGCACUGCAUUGAGGAAAUCUGGCUUGGAGAUCACCGCGGAGAAUGUGUUGAGAGCCUUGAAGGCAGCCAACCCAGACGUGGCCGAGCCUUCCUCCAAGGACCUCGGUGAUGCUUUGAAGGCUGCCAUGCAGCAGCCCGGGCCAGGGGGCUAUGGUGUUGGCCCCACAUCUUCACAACUGCCGGGGGCGACGCCGGCGACGGGUGCAACACCAGCUGCAGGAAGUGCUUUGCAAACCCCUGAGGAGGUGGUGCGGGCUCUGCUGCAAAUUGCAGGCCCUGCUGCUGGCCAAGCACCGCCUGAGGUGCUUGGAACAGCAUUGCGUGCUGCAGGUCUUCCUGUGACGCGCGGCAAUGUGUUGCGGGCGUUGCGCGCUGCUGGUGUGGGGUCACCAACAGAAGAGGACGUACAAAAAGGUCUAGCAGGAGCGGACGAACCACUCUCCACAGGGGCCGGGCCAGGCGGCCCUGGGCCGUCACCCGAAGAGGUAAUUUUCGCCUUGCGUAUGGCGGCUGGUCCUGGUGCUGGCACUCCACCGCCGGAAGUGGUGGGUGCGGCACUGCACCAAGCAAAGGUAUCGCCACUUAGUGCUGAAGCCGUCGUCCGUGCAUUGAAGGAGGCUGGGCACACAGCCCCCUCUCCAGAGGUUGUUCAGGCCGCUUUGCAGGCUGCAGUCACUGGAAAGUUUGAUGAGAAGCAGUGAAGGCGGAGGCAGCAUACCUCAACCCAUUGAGAUUCACAAGUUCUUUAUAUUACUAUUGGCGUCACGCAACAGAGACUUUCGUUCAGAAAAGCCGGAUAAUUUUAUGCGGCAUUUCGAGGGACCUGGGUUGGGAUGUAGUAGUCAAAAUAUGUUGGUUUUGUUGACGAUGUGCACCGACGUGCCAUCCUGUUACAAGCCCAAAGUAGCUUGAAGUUGCCAUGCUCGUAGCAUUCUGAUGGUGAACGCGUGUGCGUUUGCUUUUGCAGUCAGCAAUUCUGGCUCCAGAAACCCACGAGAAACACUGGUGGCUAGUUGCUGGUAGUUGACGUUGGC